AUGGCGAACAAGGCGAUCAUAAUCACACUAACAAUCAUAGUUUUAAUUAAUACUGCUCAAAGUAUAAAUUUCCAACAGAAUACUAAAACUGAUUGUUUUGAGAGUAAAGCUGAUAACUAUCUUGAUAUUGCACGUGAUCAACGAAUUAUAGAUUCGUUGCUUAAAUUGGAUUUGGCUGCUGCUGACAAAAGCAAUCGGAUUGAUGCUGCUCAACCUGAGUCUCAACAUACUGGUAAAUUGGUUGGGACUGCUACUGACGAUACACGAACACGGACCGCCACUAAAUCUAACAUCUAUGAGACUCUCGUAUUCAAAUAG